CUUCUUUUCAACCCAUCUUUCUCUUUCUCUGUUACCUUUCUUUAGUAAAGAAAUAAUUGAAGUUAGACAAUUGCAACGAUCGAUGAAGAAAUCUCCGGUAUAUCCAAACUACGAGGCAAGUGAUUAUGGUGGCUAUGAGUUUGAUCCUGAAGUGGAUUUUACACAGUUCCUGGAAGAAGCAAGGCAGCAUGCAAGACAAAUGAAUCUCCAGACCUCACUGUCAAAUGCAGAAGAAGCUGGAAAAACGAGAACAGGAGGAGAAGAGAAAAAAAGCAAAAAGUCUUGGAAAAACGCUCUCUUCAAAUGGUGGAAAUCUGACAAGAAAAGGAGCACAGAACCUGCAAAUAGCUCUCAUAUUUCGAAUCCAAGAAAGGGUCAUGUCUCUGGUCCAAUAUAUGGAAGUGGCAGAGCUGUCGAACCAAAGCACCGGCGACAAACUUCUGGUCCACUCACUAACCUUUUCAACCCUACGAAGAAAACAGGGAAUCAGACACCAUAUAUGUGUCUUGAUCAACUUAAUAACCCUCAUGGUGUCAAAGCCUAUGGACCUGUUUACUUGGUAACUUAGCGUUUCAACAAAAAAAAAUUAUGCAAGGAACUUUAAUUUCCAUGGCUCAAAUAAGUUGUUCUGGUAGAGAAUGGGGAGUUCUUGUGGCAAGAAAGUGCAUAAGAUCAUUUCUAUAUGCAGAAAAAGUCAGUUCCUGGAUCAGCAGUAAUGUGCAUACAGUUGGAUUAUCUUAAAGAUCUUGCGCUGAAGAUUAUCUGUUCUUGCUGUUGUUGUUUACUUAGUUACAUGUAAUGUUCAGAAUAACUAUUAUGUGUGGUCUAAUGAAUUUUUAAUCUCACAUUUCUGCUUUCUUGGUGCA